AUGGUUUUCGGCAGCCAGAUGUACGACAAGUCUCGUGGUUCUCCAAAGUUUGCUCCACCUAGGGGGGCACCAGUGAAGAGUUGUCCAGUCACAAGAAUAUUUUCAAGAAUUGAUACAGAACGUGAUCGUCCUCAGCCAGUCUCUUUUAGAGAAGAUUCUGAUACAUCUUUUAUAGCUCACAGUCCUGUUUAUAGUGCUGAAAAACCAGCAUUGUACUUUGAACAGUGUUAUACAAUUGAAGAAAGGCUUGGUGUUGGAUCAUUUGGUGAGGUCUUUAAAGUUAGGAGUAAAGAAGAUGGAAAAUUGUAUGCCUGCAAGAGAACACUCCUUCGGUUUCGAGGUGAAGGAGACAGACGGAGAAGAAUGGAGGAAGUUCAGAAACAUGAAAAGUUACCUAAACACAAGAAUUGUGUUGAAUUUUAUCGAGCAUGGGAGGAGAGACAGCAUCUUUAUCUCUUAACAGAAGUUUGUUGCAUGUCCUUAGCAGAUGUUGCCAAUGACCGUCAUGAUAUCCCAGAAUCUUUAAUUUGGGAUUAUUUAGUUGACUUAUUGCAGGGUGUACAGCAUUUACACAAGCAUCAGUUGGUUCACAUGGACAUCAAACCUGAAAAUAUAUUUUUUGGAUUUGAUGGGCUCUGUAAAUUAGGAGACUUUGGGCUAGUUAUCGAUAUGUCACAGAGAGAGAGGGAAGAAAUAGAAGGUGAUCCGAAGUAUCUGGCUCCAGAGAUUCUAGAUCUAGAUUUUGGACCACCAGCUGACAUUUUUAGUUUGGGCAUGACCAUUCUGGAAUUGGCCACAGACCUUGAUCUUCCAAAACAUGGUGAUGCUUGGCAAAAACUGAGACAGGGAGAAAUGCCACCUGCUGCUGCAUGUUUGUCCAGUGAGCUGCAGUUUGUACUGAAGGGGCUGCUUAAUCCCAACCCAAAGGAAAGGUUGACUGCAGAACAAUCACUUGCCUUGCCUUGUAUCAGUCGUGUACUUUUCUUCAAAAGAUUUAGAGAUUGUUGUAGGAAAUCAGUAAUGAAGGCCAGAUUAGUGAUGAUGCAGACUUGGUUGUACAUUUCUGUAAUGCUUAUGUUCCUUACACGUCCCUUCUUAAGUGUCUGCCAGAGAACUAGCUCUGGUAGCUUGCCUGAUAAUUCAAAGAUAACAGAGUCAGAUUUUGCAAGUGGUUAUUCAGAUGAUGAGGGCUUAGAUGAUCACAGCCUUGCUCAUCCCUUGAGUGACAUAUCUACUUCAAGCAGUGAAGUAAAUCACUAUCAUGGGCACCCUUUUGGAAAUUCUACCCCAAUUGGCCACCAUUUCAAACUGCAUGAAGCCAUCAGAACAUCUCCCAUAAUUAGAAAUAGCUUUAAUUCAAGUCCAAGAGUGGCUGACACACCGUCAUUUCUUAGGCGACGAGGAUUUCAUCAAACUGAUAAGCACUUUGAUUUAAAAAAAGGACAGUGUAGUGGAAGUAUUGCCUCGUCAAUUCCAGUGAUUCUCCCAGUCCUAAAAGGGAGGGCAGUCGUUGAUGAGGAUCCUUUCCCACCCAUGAAUUUAACUUCAAGAAACUUGAUAGAUUUGUUCAAUGCAGCAGAAUCUGAUGAAGACUGAAUAGCUUGCAUAGUGAUCUCUCAUAUGCUAGUUAGUGAAAUAGUUUACAAAGUAGUUAAACAAAAGUCUAGACCAAUUUUGGAGCACAAUGUGUGUAAAGUCUUGUACAUGUAAUAGUUUUGAAUAUGCAGCCUGUAGUUGCCAUGAACUUUGGCUUGUUAAUAUUUCUUACAUGAAAG